UGACGUUGAUUAAACAGGUGAGGUAGUGAAGAGCAGGAUCCUGUGGUCGCCAGCAUUUCGCGUUUGCUCUCCGUUUCAUGAGGAGCUCACAGACUUUUAAAGAAAGGAGGGCUGCUCUGUGAUGAUGUUUGACCUGAAGAAGAGGAAUAGUUUGACUCUGAGGGACAGCCGCGGGACCGACGAGUUCAGACGAGUGGCGGUCAGACGCAAAGUCCACGGUCCCGUGGGUGACUGUCAAACCGCAGAUGUGAGCAGUAGUGUGUGUGGCUCAUACAGCAGGAGCCGUGCUCGUGACCGAAUUUCUGGAUCAGAACUAAUUGUAAAACCUGGCGCAGAAACGAAUGAUGAGAAAAGCCCAACAAAGCCAUCAUCUUUCAAACCCCAAGCGCCUCGUAGAUCAGCUCACCUCCAGAGCCCUUCGAGGUUAGGACAAGAUCAAGCCUACAAUCCCACUCCAGGAAAAGUUCUGCCCCAGCAAAUUAACGGAACUGAAGAGAAACAGAGUCCUAACAGAAGUAAUGGGAUUUCUAUUUCCUGUGUCAGCCCACAGAAUUGUCAAGACUCCCUGGCUGAAGGAGGGGGAAGCUGUUUGAAUGCUCAGGGGAUUCCAAAUCUUACAUGCAGGUCAAUUUCAGGAUCUCCAAGCCCAGGCAAAAGAGGCAUUCAGAGCUGCAGCUCUCUGAGAGGAGGAGGCCACAGCCCCGGUCAGCUGUCCCCAAGAAACCAUAGAGCUCUCACGGGAAAACUGCGGGCUCCAAGCCCUGCUCAAGGGAAGAUGAGAAGCUAUAGUCCUGCCAAGAGUUCUAAAUCCUUGCUAGGACUGCACAGAAUCUCAAGUGAGAAGAUGGAAAGACGAGAGAAGAGAGCAGGGAAAUCUCUGAGUGUGCCUGACCUGAUUGUGUACUUGGACGAGAGCAGGUCCCCCCCCCCUCCAUCCAGGAUUCCCUCAGAAAAAGCUGAACGCUCUCCACUAAAACUGCUGCACUCACCCAACUCCAAUACACCUGCCAUCACCCUCAAAGCAUCACCUAACCGUAGACGCAGUCUUACCGCAAAUGAAGACCAUCGGUCAAGCAGUGGCCCAGAGCGUUCUCCACGACAAAUGAAUUGCAUUGUGCAGGAGAAAGAAUGGCCAGCAGCAAAUGGGACGAGACUAAAUGACAAACUGGAAGAAAGCAAUGAACCUACAAGAUAUGGCUCCAAGUUUUCCUGCCAGUGGACGGUGGCAACCACAGAAGACGAGAAGGUUCACGAUGAGUCCAGAGGUGAACAAAAUGAGGAGGAGAAGCAGAAGCAAGAGGAAAGAGGAGGAGAUGAGCCAAAAAAUAAAGAGAGCACGGAGCAGAAAUUAUUUAACAUAGCCAAUGAACUCCUGCAGACAGAGGAGGCCUACGUGGCCCGCCUCCACCUGCUAGACCAGGUGUUCUGUUCGCGCCUAACAGAAGAGGCAGGUCGAGGCUCAUUUCCUCCCGAGGUGAUAAGAAAUAUCUUUUCCAACAUUUCCUCAAUCUACUCCUUCCACAGCCAGUUCCUGCUACCUGACCUGGAAAACUGCAUCAGACACUGGUGUGAAAGCCCAGGCCUGGGUAAAGUUCUUCUGCAGCAUGUACCCUUCCUGAAGAUGUAUGCCAACUACGUCAGAAACUUUGACCACGCAAUGGAGCUGGUGAGGACCUGGACUGAACGCUCCUCUGCUUUCAGAAGUAUCAUCCAGGACAUCCAGAGUCAGGGGAUCUGUGGCAUGCUCACCCUGCAGCACCAUAUGCUGGAGCCAGUCCAGAGGGUUCCACGCUAUGAGAUGCUGCUAAAGGAUUACCUGAAGAAGCUGCCUGAAGAUGACCCAGAUUAUGAGCUUGCUCAGAAGUCCUUGCAGACUAUUUCCAUGGCAGCAACACACUCAAACAGUGCCAUCCAAGAAGCCGAGAGCCUGAAGCGGCUCCUGGAGAUCUAUGAGAUGAUCGGAGAGGAGGAGGUCAUCAAUCCAACCAACGAGUUUCUCAGGGAAGGCCGUCUGCUCAAGCUUGCUGCCAGGAACACGUCAGCCAUGGAGAGACACCUGUUCCUGUUUAACAACUUCCUGCUGUGCUGCUCUCCAAAGUUCAGCUUAGUCGGGCAGCGUUUCACCGUGCGCUGCAGGAUUGGGAUGGAUGGCAUGCAGGUGCAGGAAACCACCAAUGAAGACUACCCACACACCUUCCAAAUAUCUGGACGGGAAAGGGCCCUUGAGCUGCAGGCCAGCUCCAAACAGGAUCGAGAUGAGUGGAUAAAGGUGAUUCGGGAAGCCAUUGAUGUGUUUCAGAAGAAAAAUGAAGCCUUCAGAGCGGCUUCGAAGGAGCUGACUGUGUCAGAACCAACAGAGGAACUAGGCCGACGAGCCCCUCGCUGGAUCAGGGACAAUGAGGUGACCCUGUGUAUGUCAUGCAUGGAGCCUUUUAACGCCUUCACCAGAAGAAGACAUCACUGCCGUGCCUGCGGUUUUGUGGUGUGUUGGAAGUGUUCAGACAAUAAAGUGGCUUUGGAGUACGACGAUUACAAGCUGAACAAAGUGUGUAAAUGUUGUUAUGCAGCCCUGACUGGCCAGAGAGGAGAGGGCUUAGAUGGAAAAAAGAGACAAAUGCUGGAGUCAGAAGCAUCUAGUGACACAAUGAGUGGUUUUCUGCAGUAUGGUGAUAACCCCCAGACCUGGCAACGAGUGUGGUCCGUUCUCACCAAGACCGAGCCACCAGUCUUUUACCUGUACUCCGUUCCACAGGAUUUGGAGCCCCUGUUCACUAUACCUCUGCUGGGCUGCACCAUAGAGGCUUUCCCGGAGGCACAUCAGGGUCAGUCCUGCUUCUGUGUGACCCAGUCCAAAACCAGCCACAUUUUCACCUGUGAUUCUCUGGACCUCAAAUGGAGCUGGCUGAGUGCUCUUAAGUUUGCUGUGACGGGAUGGAGCACAGCGUGCUCACUGGCUGCACCCGAUGACAGCAGUGGAAUCAGAUCUGGUAUUAACGGCAGCCUCGGUAGUGACGACUCUGUAGUCAGUGGCAACAAGGAAAAUCACUCUUGAAUGUUUUUGUGUGAGAAAAGUGUCCAUUAAUUGUUGUUAAAUGAAUGAAAUCCAGAGGUGAAGUUCAGGAAUAUAAAAGUUACAAUGCUCUGAAAA